CAUUGUCGCGCAGAACCCACCCACGUACACUCUCGACUGUGGUGUCCGACAAACACGAUGAAGUUGACAAACCCGGGAACCGUUCCGGUGUACACCGUCUCUGGCGCCUCAACAGCCAGGCCUUUGCCGGACUGGCUGGCGAGACGGAGAAAGCGAUCGCUCAAGAACGACCCCGAGUACCAAAACAGAGUAGAGCUUCUCCAGGACUUCGAGUUCGAAGAGGCCAGUACCUGCAUUCGCAUUAGUGAGGAUGGCGACUGGGCCGUCAGCGCAGGAACCUACAAGCCUCAGAUUCACGUUCACAACCUCCCUCAAUUAUCUCUGUCGUUUGCGCGCCAUACGAACUCUCUUACCGAAAAGUUGACCAUCCUCUCCUCCGACUAUUCGAAAACUCUGCUUCUCCAAGAUGACCGACGCCUCGAAUUCCACACCCCCAUGGGCUGCCACUACACGAUUCGCAUUCCCCGUUACGGAAGAGACUUGCUUUACGACAGGCAGUCUACCGAGGCGCUUGUCCCGGCGGUGGGAGUGGAUCAAGACGGCCUGGGCGAAGUCUUCCGGCUGAACCUCGAAAUUGGCAGGUUCAUGAAGUCAUUCCAGAUUGAUGUCGGCGGCGACGAAGAAGGGGCUGGUCUGCAGGGAAGCAUUGAGGCAGGAAGUGUCAACGCUGCUGCGCUGGCAGAGGGUACCCACGGCCUUGCCGCAUUCGGCACGUCCAUCGGCACAGUCGAGUUUUGGGACCCCCGAUCGAAGUCAAGAGUGGCUCGUCUUGGAUGUCAAGAGGGUGCCAUCACUGCCUUGGAUUUCAGCGCUUCAGGGCUUUCCAUCGCUACUGGUUCUGAGACAGGCAUGGUUCAGCUAUUUGAUCUGCGUCGCCCUGUUCCUCUCUUGACCAAGGACCAAGGCUACGGCUUCCCGAUCAAGAAGCUGAUUCACAUGACCACUGCCUCGCAAGAGAAGAAGAUUCUAUCUGCCGACAAGAGAAUCAUCAAGAUCUGGGAUGAGACCGAUGGCACGCCAUGGACUUCAGUCGAGCCUAUCGUUGAUCUCAACGACAUUGCUUGGUGCAAGGACACCGGUAUGCUUCUUACGGCCAAUGAAGGCAAGUCACAGCAUUCCUUCUUCGUUCCCAGCUUGGGACCAGCCCCAAGAUGGUGUUCGUUCCUCGACAACAUGGUCGAGGAGAUGGCGGAGGAGGUCCGCUCGGAGACGUACGACAACUACAAGUUCUUGACGCUGCCCGAACUCAAGCAACUAAGCAUGGAGCAUCUUAUCGGCAAAACCAAUCUGCUCCGGCCGUACAUGCAUGGAUACUUCGUCGCAUCGAAGCUCUACGAGCAGGCUCGCCUCAUCGCGAACCCAUACGUCUGGGAAGAGGAGAGGACAAAGCGUAUCAAGGAGAAGGUCGAGAAGGAGCGCGCCAGCAGAAUCAGAGGCAACAAGAAGGUCAAGGUCAACCAAAAGCUCGCCGACAAGCUCCUCAAGAAGCAGGAGAACAGAGAGGUUGUGGACACCCAGGCCGGCCUUCUCGGCGACGACCGUUUCAGCAAGCUCUUCGAGGACGAGGCCUUCACCGUCGACGAGUCCACCUACGAAUUCCGUGCUCUCAACCCCAGUACCAAGGUUGCCGCCAAGGAUACUCACGAGAUUGGUGUCAGUUCUGCUGCACGCCCUGUGGUAGACUCGGGCCCGAAGGGUCUCGGAAAGAAGGCUACCCAGGAAUACGAAAUGAAAAUAUCUUCUUCCAACCAGAAGCAUGGGAUGGAGAAAGACACCGCCCUCGGUACCAGGGUGCACAAGUCGGGCCGCAUCAAUAAGACGAACCGUGGAGAUGCGUACGGCGAGAAGGCGGUCACGUUUGUUCCGCAAGGCAAGAAGAAGCAUGGCGGACAGCAGCCCGAUCACCACGACGACUCGAGGCCUCGGGAUCACAAGAACAACGCGAGAAGAAGCGCCAGCACAAACACAUUCCGAAGGCUAUGAGGAGAAAAGCUACAACAUCUCUGGGGAAAUAAUAAUGGUACAAGGAAGAAGAUUCUCUACGCCGCACGCAGACCCAUGAUCGUCAACCAUCCAUCCAGUCUCGGCCUCCUCAGCAAAUGAAUCCAUUACACCAGCACCAGGCCAGUUGGCGGCUUGCAACCUCGAGAUCCAAGCACCCUCUACUUCCUCCUUCUCCUCAUUUGCGACCCCAUCUCAUCAACUUGCGCUUCGACUCGGCCUGUGCGAGACCUUUUUCGAGAUCCUCUGGCCGAAGUCUGGGUGUCGGCGGCACGUCAUCAGCCAGUCUCGCGCGGCCGCGGUGGCUGCGUGGCGGGGACGAAGACUCCUUGACGGAUCUGGGAAACUCGGUCCUCCGCGGCGUGAGAGCGGUAACGACUUUCCUGGCAGACUUGCGCAUGGUCUCCCGGAUUUUCCAUUCACGCUUCUUGGCUACGUAGAACAAGACGGCCAUGCCGACUGUGCGGGGCAAAAGGCGGGUUAGCAAAACGGCGUUAAGCAGGAGUUUGGGCCUUUUCUUCUUCGUUUCUUUCUCUUUCUUGCAAAGAGGGUUUUAACAUACUUCCGAGAGCGCCAACUACAGAGACAACCACGAUGAUGGCAACCAUGGCUUCGUGGGACAGGUUGACCGCCCCGGGGCUGUCGCCAGAUGCCCCAGCCUCAGUAUCGACCCCGUUUCCAGACGAACUGGCAUCGCCGGGGGUGUCUGGGAAAUAAGUCUCGGUCGCCAAAGGGAAAAAGUUGGAGGUUGUGGCCGACAUGGUGAAGGCUAAAAUGCCGCUCAAGGGGGCAAGUGUUAGGAAGGGCUGCAAGAAGGUUCAAGGGGCGCAGACAAGACAGAGUGGGAAGAGAAAAAAGGUGAAAACGGCGUCAGAAUCGUAUGAGUAGAGUAAGAAAACAAGCUGAACCAAAAUCGAAAAGAUACCCGGUGCCACGAACGUGGCCCAACCCACACUAUUUACAUCGU